AUGGGAAACGAAUGCAUUCGAUCUCUUGGAUCAGUAUUUCAUCAGAACUACAAUCUCCAAAAGGACAAAUCUUCGCGUUCCAAACUCAACAACCCUGUCAUAAGUUAUAACAUUGACAACCUAAGUAUUUUAGGCCAUAAAACUCCUAAUAUUCGUGACCUUUACAAGUUCGGGCAGAAGUUAGGACAAGGACAAUUUGGAACUACUUUUGUUUGUACUGAGAUUGCAUCGGGGAUCAAAUAUGCAUGUAAAUCUAUACUGAAAGAGAAGCUGAUUUCCAAGCAAGCUGUGGAGGAUGUUAGAAGGGAGGCCCAGAUAAUGCAGCACUUGGCUGGUCAGAAAAAUAUUGUGAAGAUCAAAGGUGCCUACGAGGAUCAUUUGUAUGUGCAUAUUGUGAUGGAGCUGUGUUAUGGAGGUGACUUGUUUGAUCGAAUCAAAAAGAGGGGGCAUUGUUACAGUGAAAGAGAGGCAGCUAAAUUGAUAAAGAUUAUUGUUGGGGUGGUUGAGGUUUGUCAUUCACUUGGGGUUGUGCAUAGAGAUCUAAAGCCAGAGAAUUUCAUGUUGGUUAACAAAGAUGAUGAUUUCUCUCUCAAAGCCAUUGAUUUUGGAUGCUCUAUCUUCUUUGAAUCAGGCCAAGUUUUUACUGACAGGGUUGGAAGCCCAUAUUAUGUGGCUCCUGAGGUAAUCAACAAACAUUAUGGACCAGAAGCAGAUGUAUGGUCUGCAGGGGUUAUACUCUACAUAUUGCUAAGUGGUGUGCCACCAUUUAUUGCUGAAACAACGCAAGCACAAUUUGAGGCAACGUUAAAAGGGCACAUUGACUUCGAAUCGGAGCCAUGGCCUCAGAUAUCUGACAGUGCAAAGGACUUAAUCCGAAAAAUGUUAUGCCUUCGACCUUCAGAACGCUUGACUGCUGGAGCCGUUUUAAACCAUCCUUGGAUUUGCCAAAACAUAUGA